AUGGUGGUCGAGACGGCUGCAAAGCCACCUGGGAAGGCCGUCAAGCCAGAUGACCCAACUGUGGUCAUUUCCAAGAUGUUGUCGUGGCUUUUGCGCCACGGUAUCAAGCACAAAAGUGUCGGUUUGAAUUCGGAAAGCUCCGACGGAUGGGUCAAGGUGACAGACGUUCUGGAUUCGGAGUACUUCAAAGCAAUCACCAAAGACAUCCUGAUGAAGGUCAUUGUCGAUUCCAACGCGCAGAAGCUUCGCUACCAGCUCUCUCCAGACUGCGUUUACAUAAGAGCAUACAGCAGAGAUGAGAAGAAGGCCUUCAAGGAAGGAGCAACAAGCACAACUUCAUCCGUGCCUGUCCCUGCCCCUCCGGAAAAGAAAGGGACGUUGCGCGGAGAAGCCCCAGAGUUCGUGCCUUCGACAAGCCCCAUGACAUCCAUGCAAACUCCAGGAUACCCGCCCUGGCCGCUGUUGUACCCACAGCCAGCGAUGAUGCCAUAUGUGCCCGUCCAGGUCCAGCGCAAGGGCGGAGCUGAGAAAGGUGGGGGCGUGUUUCGUGAGUUGGGAAGAAUAAAAUCCUUCUAUGAUGAUAAAGGUUAUGGCUUCAUUGAAUGCCCAAGAGUCACGCAACAGUUUGGUCGCGACCUGUUCGUGCACAAGGCGCAGCUAAAUGGUUUCAAGGUCGGUGAUGAGGUCACUGUUACCGUGACUGUGAACGAGGCUGGAUGGCCACAGGCGCAGGAUUUGCAGUCUGCAAGAGGUCAGCCAGCAAGUGCAUCAACAAAGGGAAAAGGCAAAGGGAAGGAGGGCAAGGGAAAAGGCAAAGAAGGCAAAGAAGGCAAGGGGAAGGAUGGCAAGGGCAAGGAGGGCAAGGAGGGCAAGGGCAAGGAGGGCAAGUCAAAGAGCAAAGGAAAGGAUGGCAAAGGUAAGAGCAAGGACAGAAAGAAAAAAGAUGAGACUCCAGAGGAAGCGGUGGGAGCAGAAGGAGUCCAAGAAGAGGAGCACAACUUUGCUUCUUGA